UAAAUGAAUGAAUGUGAGAGAGAGAGAGAGAGAAAACAGAGUGUGUGAGUACACUCUGGACUAAAAAGAGAACCAGCUCAAAUUAUUUGGUUUCUGCUCUGUAAAUUCCCUCUGCAUCUUCUCGUCACAAACUCAAAAUCUUCAACUUAAGCAAAGCAAAUCCAAUACUAUUUCUUCUUUUUCUUCUUUCGUACAAUGUCAGAACUCUACCAUUUUUAACUCUGCAAAAGCAUCGCCUUUUUGCUUUUUCUUCUUACUCACACAACUUCCGCCACCAUGGCUUCAAAAUCUAGACCCAAUCUAUCUGAAAAUCCCAGCAAAGGAUCAAUGGGAACUACUAGAAUCAGUAAAGCUAGCAAAGUAGUGUCCAAAUCAGAAUCCGAGUCACAAUCCCCCUUGCAAAAUUCGCGACUUUCUGUGGAACGAUCUCCGCGAUCUGUUAAUUCAAAGCCAACGAUUGAACGCAAAUCACCAAGACCUUCCGCCACCCCACCUGAUAAACAACCCCCUAGAGCUGCAAAGGGUUCAGAGUUGUUGCAGAACCAAUUGAAUCUUGCUCAAGAAGACCUAAAGAAAGCAAAGGAGCUGCUCAUUCAGGCUGAGAAGGAGAAGCUAAAAGCAAUUGAUGAGUUGAAAGAAGCACAGAGGGUGGCUGAGGAAGCAAAUGACAAACUCAGGGAAGCAUUGGUGGCUCAAAAACGCGCCGAGGAAAAUUCUGAGAUUGAGAGGUUCCGAGCUGUGGAAUUGGAGCAGGCCGGUAUUGAAACUGUGAAGAAGAAGGAAGAAGAAUGGAAGAAGGAGAUUGAAAGUGUAAGGAGCCAACAUGCUUUGGACAUGGCUGCUCUUCUCUCCACCACGCAGGAGCUUCAGCGGGUUAAACAAGAACUUGCCAUGACUUGUGAUGCAAAGAACCAGGCAUUGAAUCAUGCCGAUGAUGCAACUAAAAUUGCCGAGAUUCAGGCAGAGAAAGCAGAGUUUUUAUCAGCUGAAUUGUUGCGAUUGAAGGCCUUACUAGAUGCAAAACUGGAAACGGAGGCUGGAGAAAAUCAGGUUAUAUUGAAACUGAAAACCGAGAUAGAGGCUCUCAAUGAAGAACUUGAAAAAGCAAAGGGUUACGCUGAUAAGUUGUCAGAGAAAGAAGCUUUUAUUGAACAGCUUAAUGUGGAGCUUGAAGCUUCUAAAAUGGCGGAGUCUUAUUCCCGUAGCCUGCUAGAGGAGUGGCAUAAGAAGGUUGAGGAACUGGAAAUGAGAAUUGAAGAAGCAAACAGACUGGAGAGAUCUGCAUCAGAGUCUUUGGAAUCUGUAAUGAAACAGCUAGAAGGAAGCAAUGAUUUGUUGCAUGAAGCAGAAUCUGAAGUUACAACUCUUAAAGAGAAGGUGGGGUUAUUAGAAAUGACAAUUGGGAGACACAGAGCUGAUGUUGAGGAUUCAGAACGUCAACUUCGUACAGCCAAGGAAGAAAGUCUUGAGAAGUCAAAGGAAGUUGAGUCUCUGAAAUCUGAAAUUGAGAAGGUUAAGGAAGAGAAAGCUCAAGCUUUGAACGAUGAAAAACUUGCCGCUUCUAGUGUGCAGACCUUAUUAGAAGAGAAAAACAAACUUAUCAGUGAGUUGGAAAAUUCUAGAGAUGAAGAAGAAAAGAGCAAAAAGGCAAUGGAAAGCUUAGCUUCUGCAUUACAUGAAGUAUCUGCAGAAGCCAGAGAAGCCAAGGAAAAUCUACUAAACAUCCAAGCUGAACGCGAAAGCUAUGAGGCUCAGAUUGAAGAUUUGAAGUUAGUAUUAAAAGCCACUAAUGAAAAAUAUGAGUCCAUGCUAGAUGAGGCACGACAUGAGAUCGAUGUUCUUGUAUGUAGCAUUGAAAAUUCAAAGAGUGUCUUUGAGAACUCCAAGGUUGAGUGGGAGCAAAGAGAGCAUCAUCUUGUAAGCUGCAUAAAGAAAAAUGAAGAAGAGAAGGUAUCUCUGGAAAAAGAAAUAAAAAGAUUGCUUUAUUUGCUUAAAGAAACCGAGGAAGAAGCUAAUAUAAACAGGGAGGAAGAAGCCCAGUUGAAGGAAAAUCUGAAGGAAGUUGAGGCUGAGGCAAUUCAACUGCAGGAAACUCUUAAGGAAGCAACAGCUGAGAACAUGAAAUUGAAGGAGAAUUUAUUGGAUAAAGAAAACGAGUUGCAGAGUAUGUUUGAAGAAAAUGAUGAACUUCGGAUGAGGGAAUCUGAAUCAAUGAAGAAGGUGGAGGAGUUAUCUAAGUUGUUGGAAGAAGCUACAACCAUAAACCACACUGAGGAAAACGGGGAUCUUACAGACAGUGAGAAAGACUAUGAUUUGCUUCCUAAAGUAGUUGAAUUUUCUGAUGAGAAUGGACAUGUAGGAGAUGACAUUUCAAAGGUAGAGCUCUCAGAGAAUCAGGAGGAACUCAAACAAAACAUACCAGAAGAAAGCAUAGACAAGGCUGAAAACAUUGCAUCUCCGAAACCUGAGGAAGUAGAGAGUGAAAAAGUGAAGGAAGAAGAUGAGAGGAAAGAAAAGGAGGAUUCAGUAGAAGUUGAAUUUAAAAUGUGGGAGAGCUGCAAGAUAGAGAAAAAGGAGUUCUCUCCAGAGAGAGAAGCAGAGCCUGAAUCAUUUGAAGAUGAAGUUGACUCAAGGGUAGAAGAAGGUGGUGAGAGUUUUGAUAAGAUAAAUGGAAAUACAGUGACAGAGAACAUUGAUGAAGGUUUGACAGAGAACAUGGAAAUUCAGUUAAAACAACAAUCAAAGAAGAAGAAAAAGCCUUUACUUGGAAAGUUUGGAAGCCUGUUAAAGAAAAAGGGUGGUGCCAACCAGAAAUAGAACAGUAUUCAACUAUGGUAUGAGAUUCAGUUGUUUGAUCAUGUUUGUAUGAUUUUUGCUUCUCAGUAUAGAUUUUUUAUUGGAUCACGAGGCUUGUAAUAUUGUUUAGGAUUUUUCGCUAUUUCUUCUUUUGGAUUGUGUUUCUCUGUCAUAGUUGGAAAUUAUAUGCUAUGCAUAUUAUUUCUGUUGUUGUUAUCGUGAACACCCAAUACUUCUAGUCUCUAUUCCUUCCUUGUCCUCUAAUCUAGAUUUGAAGAGAAGAGUGACAAGUUGGAUUGUAUUUUUACAUCAUCCCAGAUUCAAAUCAAAGUUCAGAAAGUUUGAUA